AAUUCAAUUCAAUUCAAUCAUCAGCAUCAUGCGUAUCGCUCGUUGGCUCUUAGGUGGAGGUCGCGAACAUGUCGGCAUCGUUCUAGGCAGUGAUACAGCCGGUAAAACAACAUUUCUAUACAGACUAAAGUUCAAAGAAGCUGUACAGACACUCCCGACAAUCGGUUUCAAUGUCGAGACUAUAGAUUAUCCUGAUGGAGAGAAGGUCACGCUCUGGGACGUUGGAGGCUGUGAUGCCAUUCGUCCUCUUAUACGACACUACAUGGCCAAAGAUCGGUUCCUAAUCUUCAUACAAAGCUGUACCGACACAGAUCCAGAUCGUAUUGAGUUCUCGCUUGAGUAUCUCCGCAUGGGAAUGGAGAUGAUGCUUGAAUACGAAGCGAAGCACAUGUUCAUCAUCUUCAACAAACAAGACCUCCUCUCAGAAGAAGAACGACCAAAAGUCGUCAAAGAUCUCAAAUCUCGUAUUGAAGCUGAGAUCAAACCAUAUGCUAAUAAGCUGGACAUAAAGAUCUUGGAUUAUCCAGGUCUAAGUGCCCUCUGGGGUGGCCAGGUUCAUAAAGUCAUGGAUGAGAUACGAAAAACUCUAAAACCGAAGAAACCAGCGAAGGAUACAAAAGCUGAGAUUGAACAGAGGGAGAAAGGACCGAGUGAAGAAGAGCUUCGCAAUAGGGUCAGAACAGCUAAUGCUGAGAGUGCUGAUGCCAAGACGUUCUGGGAGUCGUUUUUGGAUGGGAGUUUGGAGGAGUGGGACCAUUACACUCAUCUCAGAGCAGGUUUCUUCGUCAUGCAUGAUUCCUUCAGCAAAGGAUUUGGAUUACUGGAGUGUGCUGAUGAGUUCAUGAAGCACUUGAACCGGCUGCGGGAGGGAAAUCCUGAGAGGUUUCGCAACACGGCGCACAAAACGAUGACUAUAUUCUGGCUUCAACAAAUCCAAGUCGCUGCAAUCGAAUACCAAGCAAAAUCAGGUCUCGACAAAUUCCCUUCCCGAGGAGACUACGCCGAUAUCGUCUUCUCGGCACCUCAUCUCAUGAACUCCGGCCUAUGGAGGUCAUACUACUCCAAGAACCUGCUGUUCUCACAGCUAGCUCGAGAUAAUUACCAUCUUCCUGACUUACAGCCUCUUCCUACGAUUAAGCAAGUCACCUCUGCACCUUUGCGAGAGAAAGCUGUAAACGAUGUUGAUAGAUUGCCACGAUUUGCUUUUUCUGUGGUUCAAAAGACUCUUUCUUCGAAGCUCAGACGGGGAGGUGUUGUUAAACAGGCCCUUGAAGCAUUGCAGUCUUCGACUAUGCGUUUGAGAGCUUCGGAUUCUUCGGUUCCUCCGUACUCUGAGACACAAGCAUACUUCUGGAUCCAAAUCAUCCAUGCUUAUACUCGCUCCUUGGAAGUUGAAUCGUCCGAAAGCCAUUUCAUCACUUACGAAGCGUUCAAAUCUCUCUUUGAUAUCAAAGGUGAUGAAUGGAGGGAAUAUUACUCCCAAUCAACAUGGGAGAGCAUCUCCGCUCGAAUGACAUUCGUCAACCCCGACAAGAAACCUCUCCCAAAUAUCUUCGGGUUACCGUCACAAGCCAGAAUGGACCUCGCUAGAUCACAGAUGAUAAACGCUAUGAAUCACCGCUCAACGAGUACAGACCUUCCACCCCCUGAAGAUCUAGACUUCUUAGCAGCGAUUCUCAUCGACGAAGCAAAACUCAUGCCAGAAUCCGAACUCAACGUCGCCAGCCACGCAAGUCUCAUAAACUUCUUAUUCAACCGUCUAACAGGGAAGACCAAAUCCUCUGCUACGAGUACAAAACGCGGUGAUGCCUCGCUAGCUUCGUCGACGGCGUUGGAGAUUGCGAAAUGGACGGGCUUGACACAGGCUAUGUUCUGGGUACAGCAGAUCCAAAUUGCACUUGCUGGACGGAAAGAAAUGAACUUUGAUGAGUUUAUAAAGGGGAACUCGGUUCUGGCGUUUGAGGAUUUGCCGUUUGUGUAUUAUUCGCCGCAGUUGUGGGGGAGCGUUGAGGCGAGCGAUGGGUAUGUGAUACCUGAUAGACGGGGGCUUUCUAGUAUUGUAUCUGGAGGGGCCAAACAUGGCUAAUGAAUGGCCAUGUUUACAAGUUAGAAUGCAUUCAUUUUGUUAUGAUUCCUUGGAUAUGAGAAGUGCCAUCAUGUGUAGAGCCCAACUCGGAGGCGAAGCUAGCUCAAUCAAGUCUCUCUCAGCGACGCACUCAGGGGACCAAGAACGUAUCUAUCGUGUCAUUUUUUAAUUUCUCUAUGAUCUCUGGAUACGCUUCUAACGCUAUGGCACGCUUUAUGUCUCUGAAACACAUGCCCUCUAAUUAUAAACGCAACUCAUGUCAGCUCAAACAGCUGUUCCAUGAUCAACCUCAACACCCCCCCCUCCAAGCUGACAAUCACACCCCAAAAACCUC